AUGAGCCAAGACGGACCUUUCGGGCCCGUAGUGAACGGGACUCAGAUUGUCUUCUUUGAGUACCUGCCCAACAAGCCUGCCGCCAUUUCCUUCGUCGCCCUAUUUGGUCUUGUCACAAUAGCCCAUUUGAUAUUCAUCUUCAUCUAUCGAGCUUGGUUCUUUAUCCCCUUCAUUCUCGGUGGCAUAUGCGAAAUCUUUGGUUACUUCGGUCGCGCCCAAGCCCACGAUGACCCGGACGAAGCGGGGCCCUUCAUUCUACAAAACGUCCUCCUCCUCGCCGGAACACCCUUCCUCGCUGCGACAAUCUACAUGAGCCUUCGACGAGUUGCUGCGGCACUGGAAUCUGAGCACCUCUCGUUCCUUAGUCUUCGCUGGUUAACUAAGCUGUAUGUCCUCAUCGACAUCGGUUGCAUCGUCAGUCAGUUCAUCGGUGCUAUUAUACCUGCUUCGGGAGAUCCCGGUGCAAUUGUCAAAGGUCGCAUCAUCCUCAUCUCAGGCUUAGUAGUGCAACUGGUCGCGUUGAGCAUUUUCAUCAUAACAUCGGCAUAUCUUUACAUUCGAAUAAGAAAUGAGACAGGCCCAUUCUUGGACUCUUCUUUUGUUCGGUGGAGACGAUACUUCAGAACAAUAGAGGCUGUUACUGGAAUCAUGAUUGUACGAAGCAUUGUCCGAGCGGUCGAGUACUUGCAGGGACAAGAUGGAUUUGUCAUUUCUCACGAAAUCUUCAUUUACCUGUUCGAUGCCUUCCCUAUGUUUUUGGUUAUGUUAUUCUUCUUGGUUGUUCAUCCAGGUCGUCUAGUCAGACAACGGGCUGGUACGGAAGAAAAACAGAAGCGUGGUGAACACGUUCGACUGACGGAAUAUCCGACAAGGCUGGAUCAAUAG